AAAACACAGGUAACAACAACAAAAAUAGAUAAUUUAGACUUUAUCAAAUUAAAAAGAAAAAAGCUUCUGUGCAUUAAAGGACACUAUUACCAAAGUAAAAAAGUAACUCAUUGAAUAGGAGAAAUUAUUUGCAAAUCGCAUAUCUGAGAAGAGAUAUCCAGAAUGUGUAAAGAACACCUACAACUCAACAAUAACAAAACCAAAAACCAAACUAACCCAAUUUUUAAAAUGGGCAAAGGACUGGUAUAAACAUUUAUCCAAAGAAAAUACAUAAAUGGCUAAUAAACAAAAAGAUGCUCAUCACCACUAAUCACUAGGCAAAUGCAAAUCAAAACCAUGAGAUACCAUUUCACACUCAUUAGGGUAGCCACUAUUUUAAAAACACACACACAAAAACAAACAGAAAAAAAAAAAAAAAAACAGAAAAUAACAAAGGCUGGCAAGGAUGCAAAGAAAAUGGAACCUGUGUGUACUGUAGGUGAGAAUGUAAAUGAUGCAGUCAAUAAGAAAAACAGUAUGGUGGUUCCUCAUUAACAUGGAAUUAACAAAGGAUCCAACAAUUCCCUUCUCGAUAUAUACCCAAAAGAAUUGAAAGCAGGGACUCAAACAGAUAUUCGUAUAUCUAUGUUCAUAGCAGUCUUAUUCACAAUAGUCAAAGGUAGAAGUAAUCCAAGUGUUUAUCAACAAACAAGUGGAUAAGCAAAUUGUGGUAUAUACACAAAAAGGAAUCUUAUUCAACCUUAAAAAUGAAGGAAAUUCUGGCACAUGCUAUUACAUGGAUGCACCUUGAAGACAUUAUGCUAAGUGAAGUCAGUCAGUCACCAGAUGGUAUAUACUGAUUCCACUUACAGAAAGCAUGUAGAGUAGUCAAAUUUAGAGAAAGAAAGUAGAAAGGCUGUUUCCAGGGGCUGAGAGGCAGGGGAAACGGGUAGGGUAGUUAAUGUUUAAUGGGUACGGGAUUCGAGUUAGGAAAGAUUAGGAAAGAUGAAAUGGUUCUGGGGACGCAUGGUGGUGAUAGUCGCACAACAGUGUGGAGGUACUUAAUGUUACUGAACUGUUUACUUAAAAGUGGUUAAAGUGGUACAUUUUAGAUGUAUGCACUUUGCAUAUUUUGAAAUCGUAAAAAUGUGUUUGUCUCUCUAUCUUGUCAUGUAGGGAAUCAAAUGUUUUGUUAAUCGUUGAAAGAGAAAAUAGGAAUGGGAGGUGGGAAGGAAUGUGAGAUGGACCCUUGACCUACCACCUUUAAAAGGAAGAUGUUACUUUUAUCCUGAAGAAUAAUAUUUCCUCCAGGUUUGCCUGUAGUUGUUUUCGAUGCAUUUUCACUGCAGGUUUUAGGACUAUCAUUGCCACCUUUGAAAUCUGUUUACACAGAUCGUGGUAAGUCUCAUUCUCUCAUUUUAUGAGUCAGGGUUCUUCAUUAAUUUAGAAAAUUGUUUGUUCAAUAAAGGCCUAUAUUAUUUGAUAAUGGUCUCUGAAUCCCCUGGAUUAUGGCAGGGAUUUUACUUUGUAAUAAUCUCCCAUGAGAACUGGCCAAACAGCUGUGAAGGCAAGAGAGAGCUACAAGAGGCAAUCGUCGUUUUCAAAGCAGAGCAGCAAGAGAGUGAAGCUGGUCAAAAUGAAUCUUUUUUGCAUUUCGCUGGAAGGCUCUAUGGAUAGCUUAUAUGAGCCGAUCCCAGAGCAACAAGCUAACCAAGAAAACAAGUCUAGUAGAACUGAUUCUCCUAUCCCACCCUUCGGAGAGAGUGAACAAACACCGAACAGUCUCUUCGUGGGGGUUUCUAAUUUGGAGAAUGCAAAACCAAAAAAGAGAAAGUUAUUCCGGAGAUUUAUGUCUGAAAAUAAAAUAUUUGAAGGAAAAACUGUGAAUGACAAAAUCUGGCAGGAACACAGCAAGCAUAAGAAUGAUUCCCACAUCAGAAGGCCCUGUCAGCUAAAAGAUCUAAAUGAAGAUGAUUUUCUAAGUAACAACAUACAUACUCAUCAAGGAAAAACUCUACAAGGAACUUCCUAUCAGGUGACCACUGAAUGCUGGAGUCCAUUUCAUUAUCAAAGACAAGCUGAACCUACUGUUGAUGAAAUGGCCAUAAAAUCGGGCGGUGACCCUGUGGAAUCAAUGGGGACAUUAAAGCGACUACAGAAACUGGUUUGGACUAAGAAAGCCAGAGUGCAGAGUCUGGAUGAGGUGAAACCUACAUUAAUAAACCUCCAAGAUGAAGAUGACACAUUGAUUUCUUGUUUGAAAUUAACCAAGUCCCAAGAAAAGAAAGUGAGUAGUGUUAGCACAAGGAGGAAGGAAGAAAUGGAGAUUAGAUUGGAUACUCUUUCUGCAUCAGUGGGCAGAUCGAGCACUUUAAAUGAAUGCAACUUGGAAGAUAAAUUAGCUUGGUAUGAAGGUGAAGCUUACACGUGGCAUCAGUGGAAGCCUUUUCCUGAAAACCCUCUCUGGACAUGUGUUGAUUUCCAAAUAGCACAAGUUGGACCCUGGGGCCACUGCUCCUCUUGUAUUCGCCACACACGUCUCAAGUCUUCCUGCUCAGAUAUGGAUCUCCUACAUUCAUGGCGAAGCAGCAGUUUUGGGAAUUUCGAUCGUUUUCGGAAUCAUUCUUUAUCAAAACCAGAUGAUUCAACUGAGGUACAUGAAGGAGAUCCCACAAAUGAAAGUGGAGAACCAAGUAAAACUUCAAAUAAUGGAGGAGGUUUGGGUAAAAAAAUGAGAGCUAUUUCAUGGACAAUGAAGAAGAAAGUUGGUAAAAAGUACAUCAAAGCCCUUUCUGAGGAAAAGGAUGAGGAAGAUGGAGAGAAUGCCUACCCAUAUAGAAACAGUGACCCUGUGAUUGGGACCCACACAGAGAAGGUGUCCCUCAAAGCCAGUGACUCCAUGGAUAGUCUCUACAGUGGACAGAGCUCAUCAAGUGGCGUAACAAGCUGUUCAGAUGGUACGAGUAACCGGGACAGCUUUCGACUGGAUGACGAUGGCCCCUAUUCAGGACCAUUCUGCGGUCGCGCCAGAGUGCAUACGGAUUUCACGCCAAGUCCCUAUGACACUGACUCCCUCAAAAUCAAGAAAGGAGACAUCAUAGACAUUAUCUGCAAAACACCAAUGGGGAUGUGGACGGGAAUGUUGAACAAUAAAGUGGGAAACUUCAAAUUCAUUUAUGUGGAUGUCAUCUCAGAAGAAGAAGCAGCCCCCAAGAAAAUAAAGGCAAACCGAAGGAGUAACAAUGAAAAAUCCAAGACUCUGCAGGAGUUCCUAGAGAGGAUUCAUCUUCAGGAAUAUACCUCAACACUUUUGCUCAAUGGUUAUGAGACUCUAGAAGAUUUAAAGGAUAUAAAAGAGAGUCACCUCAUUGAAUUAAAUAUUGAAAACCCAGAUGACAGAAGAAGGUUACUAUCAGCUGCUGAAAACUUCCUCGAAGAAGAAAUUAUUCAAGAGCAAGAAAAUGAACCUGUGCCCCUAUCCUUGAGCUCAGACAUCUCCUUAAAUAAGUCACAGUUAGAUGACUGCCCAAGGGACUCUGGUUGUUAUAUCUCAUCAGGAAAUUCAGAUAAUGGCAAAGAGGAUCUGGAGUCUGAAAAUUUGUCUGACAUGGUACAUAAGAUUACUAUCACAGAGCCAAGUGACUGAACACACACUCUCAACUAUAUAUCUACAGAUACAUUCCGUUUUAACUCUUCUUGAGCUAAAACAUCAAAUAGGAGAGGAAGAUAAAUAUUUGUAAAUAAAACCUAGGAUUUAAAUGUUUUAAUCUGAAUAAUUGUACAUAAAAUUUUGUAUCACUAACAUUCCAAAUUAUUGUCAAUAAAAUAUAUAUUUAUUAUUUUAAAUGCUAUGUGUUAAUAUUUCACUUGCCUGUAUUAGAAAGGCAUAAUGUAAGACUUUGGUACGUGUGACAUAUGAUUCAUUUGACUCUCUUUUACAAGUACAAUAUCUGCAAAAAACAAAGUAACCUUUUUUCUUACCUGCUAGUUUUGAAUUUGUAUAUGUUAUUGAACAAAUAGUAACAGAGGAUUCACUGUUGAAACAAGUUGUCCACACAAUGCCAUAUUCAUUUUUACACUUAUUGGGAAAGUGUGAGUUAAUAUUGGACACAUUUUAUCCUGAUCCACAGUGGAGUUUCAGUAAUUAUACUUUGUUGACUUCAUUUUGUUUUCUAGUAUAAAAGUAUAGAUAAUGUGUUGUCACUUCUGAUUUAGUGAAACCAACUGUAAUAAUUGUACAGAUGUUUUGUCUUUAAGUGUAAAUAUUUUAAAAUUUGACAUAACCUAAUGUUAAUAAUAAAAAGAACUAUUUGCAUAUUGCA